AUGUGUGUUGAUGCAAAAUCUAAAUGGGCGGAGGUGAAAAUCAUCAAAGACUCACCUACUAGUGCAAACACAAUUAAUCUUUUAGAAGGAAUUUUCUCAUGUCAUGGAUAUCCUCAAGUACUCGUUUCAGAUAAUGCUACCAUUUUCAAAAGUGAUAUUUUUCAAAAUUACUGCAAAACAAACGGUAUUUUCCAGAAAUUCGUCGCUCCAGGGCAUCCGGCAACAAACGGUUUAGCCGAGAGAUCAAUCCAAACACUAGAGAAUCGCCUGAAAGCAGUCUCAACUGACCAAACUCCAAUCCAAACCAAAAUUCAAAAUAUUUUACAAAGGUACAGAGCAACACCGCUAGCUUGUGGUCAGUCCCCGGUGGAACUCUACCUGCACAGAAAAAUAAGGAUAAGACUAAAUGCCAUUUUCCCGUACAAACCUCAACCUUCAACUACACAGUCUUCACCUGCACGUUCACUAUAUGUGGGGGAGAGGGUACAGGUCAAACUUUUCAUCAAUAAUAAAAACAUAUGGCAGUUUGGUCAAGUAAAGAAGAGGCUUGGGAAAAGACACUAUCUCGUAGUUCUCGACUCAUCUGAUAGAAUCCUGAAGAGGCACAUCAAUCAACUACGCCCAACGCUGGUACAGAGUCCAAAAACGAAAAAUGUUACAUUCGGACCAAUGCAGUUGUUUGAUGUUCCCAGAAUUCCAAGACGACCAGAAAUACAUAGGAAUCCAGAUCCAGUUGCAGCUCCAGAACCAAGGCAACCAGAAGAACAAUCUCCAGCAGAAAGAGCUCAAGCUGAGAAUGUCAUACCACAUCGUGAGCAAGCUGAUAAUACCAACGCCAGACCACAGCGUAAGCGUCACAUUCCCUCAAGAUUUAGAGACUACCAGAUUUGA